GAGGAUUAAACGUUGAACAGAUCCGUUUCAACUCCGUACGACGCCAUUUUUUUAGAAUACUCCCUUAUGAGUUGUUAAAAUAUCUUUAUUGGAAAUGAAUUACAAAUUUUAUAGUAUAGCCAGUGUAUUGGCAUUAUUAUGCCUUUCAUCUUUGGUAUGGCAAACGGCGGAAGCCUAUCAACUUGGAUUGGGACGAGCCGAUAUUACUGGACCUCCUGUGGAAAUUAAUUUUAUGGGAUAUGCCAGCAUCAAACAAGUUGGCCGAGGCCUUCACUUGAGACAAUUUGCCCGCGCCUUUGUGGUUGAAGAUGAAAAUAAUAAACGUAUCGCUUUUGUGUCGGUAGACGCCGGUAUGAUGGGCUACGGCGUUAAGCGUGAGGUAAUUAAACGUUUGAAAGCACGUUAUGGUGAUAUUUACAGCAAUGAAAACGUUGUAAUUAGUGGUACACAUACACAUGGUGCUCCCGGGGGUUUUCUAAUGCAUCUCUUAUAUGAUAUAUCGAUUUUGGGCUUUGUGCCACAGACAUUUGAGGCCAUGGCUAAUGGUAUAUAUUUGAGUAUUAAAAGAGCCACUGACAAUAUGGUGGAUGGCAAAAUCUAUCUCUCUCGCACUGUGAUCCUUAAUGCCAAUAUCAAUCGUUCUCCCACUUCCUAUUUACGCAAUCCAGCCGAGGAACGUGCCCAAUAUGAACAUGAUGUGGACAAAGAGCUAACUCAGUUGCGUUUUGUCGACCGGGAAAAUAACAUAAUGGGCGUAUUCAAUUGGUACGCGGUUCAUGCCACUUCCAUGAAUAAUACCAAUAAAUUGGUAUCCAGUGACAAUGUGGGUUAUGCUUCUUUACUUUUGGAAAAGGAAUAUAAUGCUAAUAAGGUGCCCGGAAAGGGUAAAUUUGUGGGUGCUUUCUGUUCAGCCAAUUUGGGUGAUGUGUCGCCUAAUAUUUUGGGUCCUAAAUGCUCACACACCGGCAAUGCCUGUGAUUUACUGACUUCAAAAUGUCCCUCCAAAGAGGGUGAAUGUUUUGCUUCUGGUCCUGGUAAAGAUAUGUUCGAAAGUACGAAAAUUAUUGGUGAACGUUUGGCCGAGGGAGCUUUGCGCUUACUCAAUGAAGCUAGCGAAGAAGACAAUAAUGGACGUGAAAUCACUGGCGAUUUAAAUUACAUUCAUCAGUUUGUUGAUAUGCCCAAUUACAAUGGCACAACCUACAGUCCACUAUUGCGUAAAAUUGAUAAAAUUCGUGGCUGUCAACCGGCCAUGGGUUAUAGUUUUGCAGCGGGUACUACCGAUGGUCCUGGUGCUUUUAGUUUUGAACAGGGUACUUUAACGGAAAAUGCCAUGUGGAAUUUAGUGCGUGAUUUUAUUGUUCCACCCACCCAAGAUGAUAUCUCGUGUCAUUCACCAAAACCCAUACUCUUGGCUACUGGAAGGGCCACUUUCCCCUAUGAAUGGCAACCGAAAAUUGUGCCCACACAAAUAGUGCAAAUUGGUGAUUUGAUUAUUACUGCGGUGCCUGGUGAAUUUACCACCAUGGCCGGUAGGCGUUUGCGCAAUAAAGUAAGAGCCGUAGCAGCAGCUACUGGCGGCAAAGAUGUUGAUGUUAUAUUGGCAGGUCUGUCAAAUCUCUACUCCAGUUAUAUUACCACACCCGAAGAAUAUCAGGCUCAACGUUAUGAAGCGGCCUCAACAAUAUUUGGACCCAAUACCCACACCAUUUACAUGGAUGUAUUUGAGCGUUUAACUAAGGCCAUGUUAAGAGGAGAAAUUGUUGAUGCUGGUCCAAAUCCUCCCUAUAUGAAUGAUCGUAUGCUAUCCAUGAAUACGGGCGUUAUAUUUGAUGGUCAUCCUUUGGACAAAGAUUUCGGUUAUGUUAAAAAACAACCCUCCAAGCAAUACAAAAUAAAUGAUACUGUCCAGGUAACCUUUGUAUCGGGCAACCCGCGUAAUAAUCUAUUCCACGAAAAGACCUAUCUGGCAGUAGAACGUAAAAUCAAUGAAGAAAGAUGGAAAGUUGUGCACACCGAUGCCAGUUGGGAUACCAAAUUCAUUUGGGAGCGUACUCAUUUGAUUUUAGGUUUCAGUGAUGUUCACAUACACUGGUCCAUCGGUCCCAACACAUUACCCGGUGAAUAUCGUAUACGUCACUUUGGCAAUUACAAAUACAUUUUAGGUGGCAUCUUUCCCUACGAAGGCCAAACACAUUCAUUUACGGUUAUAGAAGACUAAAAUAUAACGAGUAUUUUGGAUUAAGAAAUCAACUGUUAUGAGGAAUAUAGUAUUGGAGUCAUCCCUCUCUUGAGGAUUUAGUGUUGUUUGUGCUGUUUGGUCUAGUCACAGACUGUAUGCUUCAGGGUGUAAAUAUUUAAAGAAAAAAAAUAAAACAAAUCACAAAAUAUUUUUACAAAAAUUGUUUUAGCAAUUUUUUCCAUAUUUAUUAUUAUAAACUUUUUUGUUAAUAUUUUGUAUAUAAAUUAUAGAAUAAUUUAAUAUUCUAUUUAAAAACUAUACAUAAAUACAACCAAAUACUUUAUUCAUAAAAAUAAUAAAGUUUUAGUAAAAGAUGUUUAUAAAGAAAAUAAUUUAUAAACUUGUUAAUUAAAUUUAAUAAAUUUUUUAUGAAUAGAGUUCGAUAAUUUAUAAUUCCUACUUAUUUAAAGCUUUAUUUUUAUAAUUAUGUAAAUAAAUUAUAGUUAUAUAAAAAAAAUAAA